AUGGAUUCGCAAUAUUCAUACUCAGCAAUAAACGAUCAGCGCAAUGCGCAAAAUGUGCCACCACGCGACAAUGACAGCCCAAGUCCUGAACCAGGAUACGCACCUCGAAACAACAUCGCAUCACCGAUAGAAGUAUCGCCUCUCUCGACUCGGAAUCGCGGCCAUUUCCAUGAGAUGUUUUCAGAGCCGCGCACAUCAGACGAUAAUCCAGACCUACAACAGCUCCCCACCCUCCCCAUAUCAAGCGAGCCGAUUUCCGAGCACAAAAAGCGACAUUCAGGACGAAAGUUUGACAGGGUUGGAUCAUGGACCUGGGAAGUCGGGGGAUGUGUGCUGAGCAUCGCGAGCAUCGCGCUUCUUGUCGUGUUUCUUGCACAUGUCGAUGGCGAAAAGUACGCGAGCUGGGAACGUUCGAUCUCGCCGAAUACAGUCGUUUCUGUGAUAUCUACCGUCGCGAAAGCUUCAAUGCUUGUGUCUGUUUCGUCUUGUCUGAGUCAACUCAAAUGGAUUACGUUUCACAAUCCGACUCCGUUUUACCACAUGCAAGUGCUUGACCAGGCUAGUCGUGGUCCAGUAGGUGCGUUGGAGUCUCUCUGGACGGUGAAGCCGGGAUUGGCAACUGUCGGAGCGGGCUUGAUGAUUCUCGCCGUUGCGUUUGACCCAUUUGCGCAGCAGAUAUUGUCGUAUCCUUCUCGACGUUUGGAAGACGAAAACGGAACUGCUACCGUCCAGUCUGCGCAUCAAUAUUGGCCGUCUUGGGCUAGAAGUGUCGCGCCCCAAAUCGAUAUUCUGAAUAUCACGACAGGAGGACUCGAGCCAUCAAUGCAAGCUGCGAUUUUCAAUGGGCUGUCCCAAUCAAAUGACAGCCCUCUGAACCCUAUUUGUCCCUCUGGUGACUGUGAAUACGACGAUUUUGUGACAUUGGGCGUCUGUUCUCAAUGCAAGGACGUCACGAACGAGGCCAAUCAAUCCUGCACACCGAGUACAGACCAGCAUAAACUCUACACUCAGGAAUGGAUGGCCCAGAUCCCGCUAGAUUGCAAGUAUACGACCUCAAGCGGAGCUUCAAUAACACCGGGGAUUUGGGUUGACGAUGCUAGGUGGGUAUCACAAGACAAUUAUUCAGCCUUUGCCAUUCCGAACCUGUGGUCUGCUGUCAGCCUAGCGAAUGGAUCUACUAUUGAAGAGGGCGAUCGAGCUCAAAUUGUCUCAUUCCUGAGUGCCAGAUACGAAGGGGGACUAACGACGUGGACUUCUAAAAAUAGCACGACGGCAGAGAAUAAGCCUACUCUGACGGAGUGUUCGGUGUCAAUGUGUGAAAGAAAAUACAGUCAAAAGCGCCAAUCGAAUCAUGACGAUGGAAUCCAAAAAAUGGAGGUGGCUGAGACUCAGGAUCUUUACCUGGGCGACAAUAUCGCAUCGAACAUUACUGGGGUGUGGUUAUCAACGCUCGUCUCGCCCAAUCAUACCAAAACUCUCUCGCCAAACUCGAAUUAUACCAUCGAAAAUAGUACUUGGGCUGAUCUAUCCCGUACUCUAACCGGAAUUUUUAAUUCAACCCUCUAUACGGCAGACGCACGAACCAUCGAAAAAUCAAUCACAGGAUUAACUCCCCUCCUCACACUAUGGAGCAGCUCCAACUUGACCGACUCCGUGACCUCGAUUACAAACAGCAUGACAGAUCACAUCCGAUCCAGCACAUCUGCGAAACAACUCCCAGGAACAGCAUUCCGCACAGAGACAUACAUUCAUGUCCGCUGGCCCUGGAUCGCACUACCUGCAACCCUGGUUCUCCUCGCAGUCGCGCUGCUGAUGGUCGUUUCGGUGGAGAAUCGCAAGUAUAGCACCCUGCUUUGGAAAUCAUCCGUGCUCCCUUUACUCAUGGGAAAAGUGCAGAUCAAUUCAGAGCAUGAAAUAGAUACGCUGCAGACUGUCACGGAUGUGCAGGAGGAAUCGAAGAAGAUUCGUAUCGCUGUAGAGUGUGAGGCUCCUUGUCCUGAUUUCAUUGAACGGUGA